UCGUACACGCUGGAGCUGGAAAUUAUUGGAAUCGGGAGAGUUUCGCUACUGUAUAUUCUGUAAUAAUUCCUCGCCGUUGCGUCGGGCGCAAGCCGCAACGGACAGUACGGACUAGCCUAGCGGAUCGCGAGAUUGCGAGGCGAGAGUGAGGGAGUGUCGUCGCCGUCGCGUCGUGUCGUGUCACGUCGCGGGUGUCGUCGGUGCGCAAUUCCGCGAUCGUGAGAUCGAGCGAGAGAGACAGAGAAGCGGAAAGGACAAAGAGAGACGGAUAGACCGAGCGAGCGCCCGAACGCGGAGCGUACCGCGUACCGAGUUAACCGAGUAUCGCGCGAGCGUCGAAAGUAACGAGUCAUCUACCGAUUCAAGAUGGCAGAAGGCCAGCAGGAGGGUGGUCCGAAAAAGAUCACCAUCAACGUGAAAACCCCGAAGGAAAAGCAGAGCGUGGAGAUCGAGGAGAAUGCGUCGAUAAAAGAAUUUAAGGAGGCAGUCUCCAAGAAGUUUAACGCACAGGCCGAUCAGCUGUGCCUCAUCUUCGCCGGCAAGAUCAUGAAGGAUCAUGAGACCCUCAGUACUCACAAUAUCAAGGACGGCCUGGCGGUGCAUCUGGUGAUCAAGGCUCCACGCACCGCAACUACGCAGAAUCAGGAGUCCAACUCGGCCUCGAGACCACAAGCUGAUGUUAAUGCCAGUCCAUUUGGAUUGGGGAGCUUAGGUGGAUUGAUGGGAUUAGAGUCCCUUGGCUUAGGCUCGGCUAAUUUCAUAGAUUUACAGCAACGCAUGCAACGGGAAUUGCUCUCGAAUCCGGAAACGAUGCGACAAGUGCUCGAUAAUCCAUUGGUUCAAAAUUUGAUGAACGAUCCAGAGAACAUGCGCAAUUUGGUUACCGCCAAUCCCCAAAUGCAAGAAUUGAUGCAACGUAACCCAGAAAUCAGUCACAUGUUGAAUAACCCUGAACUUUUACGACAAACGAUGGAAUUGGCACGUAACCCGUCAAUGCUGCAAGAACUGAUGCGCUCGCACGAUCGAGCUUUGUCUAAUCUAGAAAGCAUACCUGGAGGUUACAGCGCUCUACGUCGUAUGUAUCGUGAUAUUCAGGAGCCAAUGUUAGCAGCAGCAACGAAUGGUCGUAAUCCUUUCGCCGCUCUAGUGGAAAACAGUUCCAAUCAGGAUUUGCAAAAUCCACAGCAGGGUCAGGAAAAUCGAGAUCCGCUGCCAAACCCAUGGAAUCAAAGCCAGAACGAUAGUGGUACGGUACCUCAGAAUCAAAGCAGAGGUCUGCUAGAUUCACCCGGUAUGCAGAGCCUCACGGCACAGAUGAUAGAGAAUCCACAAUUAAUGCGAAACAUGCUGAACGCUCCGUAUACGAGAUCCAUAUUGGAAGCAAUGGCGGCUGAUCCAGCGAUGGCCAGUCGGAUAAUUGCAGCAAAUCCGUUUCUCCGUGGUAAUCCGCAGAUGCAAGAGCAAAUGCGUGCGAUGAUGCCCACCUUCAUACAACAAAUGCAAAACCCGCAGAUACAGAAUGUCGUCACCAAUCCUGAAGCUUUAGCUGCCAUUAUGCAGAUUCAGCAGGGUAUGGAGCAACUGCGCACCAUCGCUCCUGAACUCGUGGAGAAUAUGGGCCUUACGGUCCCACCUGCACCUACAACACCGAGCACGACCAGCACCAAUUCCAGUGUACCAACUACCCAAUCAUCGGACAGCAAUCAGCAAGACGCAUUUUCUCAGUUCAUGGCACGUAUGGUUUCUGCAAUGGCAUUAAAUCAAGGUGUAGAAGUUGACGGUCAACCUGUGCCUCCACCAGAGGAACGUUACAGAGCGCAGUUAGAGCAACUUACGGCUAUGGGUUUUCUUAAUAGAGAUGCUAAUUUACAAGCGUUAAUUGCAACGUUCGGAGAUAUAAACGCUGCCGUUGAGAGACUACUCUCCAAUGGACAAGUGUCUAUGAGCUAACCACCAAUCCGCAAUACUGUUAUUCCAAUAUUACCUUUAAUUUUAUCCUUAUUUACCUCUUACGUUAAUGUACGUAAGAGAUAUUUGAGGUAACUGGCUGUCAAAAAUUAUAAACUUAUAUCCUCCCUCUUUCCUCUGCCCCUUUUUUCUCAAUCUUGACGGAAUACACGCUACUCAUUCGUUCAAUUUGCAGUUUUUCUUAUUUAGAUUCAGAUUUGUCUGUGUUUUAGGCGAUAGAUAGAAAAAUAUCGAUGGUGUGGUCAUUGCUACUCGUUUUGCAAUCAGUUAUUCACUUUUUGAAUCUCUCUUCUUGGUUUUUCGUCCGUGUAUCCUCUUCAAUGUGCUCUACGUACAGUCAAUUUCCUAUGCUCUCAGGUCAUUGAAAUUUUUCCUCUAUUCAUUAAUCGCAAUUCUACACGUGCAUAGGACGAAAAUGUUGCGCGUUUCGACUUUCAUCUAAUUUCUCACAACUUGUGAGCAUGUAAUCGCGUCAUAUGAUAAUUUGUGAGUAAUGGAAAAUAUUACAGUCACGAAACUAAUUUUUCAA